AUGAAUUCUAAAGAAAAUAUUGUCAUCUCUGGAGUUGCUGGAAGAUUUCCAGAGUCAGAUAAUGUCAAAGAACUUGAAAAAAAUCUUUUCAAUAAAAUUGACAUGGUGACUGAAGAUACACGUCGCUUUAAAAAUGAUAUUCCUGGGCUGCCAAAAAGAAUGGGAAAAAUAAAUAACAUCAAUAAAUUUGAUGCAUUAUUUUUUGGCAUAAAUCCAAAUCAGGCUAAUGCAAUGGAUCCAAUAUGCAGAAUGUUGAUGGAACAUGCAUACGAAGCAAUUAUUGAUGCUGGUAUUAAUCCAUCUACAAUAAAAGGCAGUAAAACUGGUGUUUUUAUUGGAGCAUGUUUUUCAGAAACUGAAAAAAUAUGUGUCUAUGAGAAAAAAUGGGCUAACAAUGGAUAUGGAAUAACUGGUUGUAGCAAGGCUAUGUAUGCAAAUCGUUUAUCAUAUUGGCUUGGACUAACUGGUCCAAGUUAUACAAUUGAUUCAGCAUGUAGUUCAAGUAUUGUUGCUAUUGAAAAUGCAUAUAGAUCAAUUCAAAGUGGUCAGUGUGAUGCAGCAUUAGUUGGUGCUGCUAAUUUAUGUCUUCAUCCAAAUUUAUCAUUUCAAUAUGCUAAUUUAGGUGCUCUUAGUCCUGAUGGUUAUUGUAGAACUUAUGAUGCUGAUGCAAAUGGCUUUGUUCGAGCUGAAGCAGUUGGCAUUAUUUAUUUACAAAAAUUAAAAAAUGCAAAACGUGUUUAUGGCACUGUUGUUAAUUGCAAAACAAAUUGUGAUGGAUAUAAAGAACAAGGUAUAACAUUACCUUCAAGUUUAAUGCACAGUAAUCUUAUUCGUGAAUUGUAUGAUGAAUGUAAAGUAUCACCAAAUGAUGUUGGAUAUAUGGAAGCACAUGGAACAGGCACUAAAAUUGGUGAUCCUGAAGAAAUUAUGGCUAUUGAUAUUGGAUUAUGUAGUAAUAGAAAAGAACCACUUAUUGUUGGUUCAAUAAAAACAAAUCUAGGACAUGCUGAAGCUGCAAGUGGAAUUGUAUCAAUUGUUAAAAUUAUAAUUGCCAAUGAGACUCUUAAAAUACCACCAAAUUUACAUUUUAAUAAAGCAAAAAAAGGCUUAAAAGCUAUUGAAGAAGGUCGUAUUAGAAUUAUUACUGAACCAGAAAAUUGGAAUGGUGGUUAUGCAGGUGUAAGUGGUCUAGGAUUUGGUGGAUCAAAUGCUCAUUGUCUUAUUAAAUCAAAUAAUAAAGAAAAAAUUAAUAAUGCUUUACCAAAUGAUAAUCUUCCAAGACUUGUUAUGGUAUCUGGAAGAACUGAAUAUGCUGUUAAAUAUAUACUUGAUGAUAUUGAAAAUCGUCCAAUUGAUGUUGAAUUUAUUAAACUUCUUCAUGACAUUCAUGCUAAUCGUAUUGAUGGUCAUUUAUACGGUGGCUAUACUAUCUUGAAUACAAUAAAUUCAGUAGAAAAAACACUCCAGUCAAAUUGUGAAAAAGUUAUUAAAAGAAAAGUUGACAUUUUACCACAAAAAAAACGUUCUGUUUGGUUUGUUUUCUCGGGCAUGGGAUCUCAAUGGCCAACAAUGGGAAAAGCAUUCCUUUGUUUUCCAAUAUUUGCUGAAGCAAUACAUAAAUCAAAAUUUAAUAAUAUAUUAAAUGCAUUUAUUGGAAUUGGUGCUGUUCAACUUGGUUUAGUUGAUUUACUUAAAUCAUUGGAAAUUUUACCAGAUAAAAUUAUUGGUCAUUCAAUGGGUGAGGUGGGUUGUGCAUAUGCAGAUAAUACAAUAACAGCUGAACAAAUGAUUUUAGCAAUUUAUUAUCGAGGUAUUGCAUCAAUUAACAAUAGGAUAAUUGAAGGUUCAAUGGCUGUAAUUGGAUUAGGUCAUCAAGAUGCUAAAAAAUAUUGUUCAAAUGAUGUUGAAAUUGCUUGUCAUAAUGGAGCUAAAAGUACAACAAUAUCAGGUCCAGCAAUUUCAAUUAAUAAAAUUGUUACUGAGCUAAAUGAUUUGAAUAUUUUUGCCAGAGAAGUUGAAUGUGGUAAAAUUGCUUAUCAUAGUAGUUAUGUUACUGAAGCAUCAUUAAAAUUAUUACAAUAUCUUAAAAAAAUUAUUCCUGAGCCAAAACAAAGAAGUUCCAAAUGGCUAAGUACUUGUUUUCAUCAAAAUGAAUGGUCUACACCAACAGCACAACUAGCAUCUGCUGAAUAUUUUACUAAAAAUUUUACGAGUCCAGUUUUAUUUGAAGAAACAUGUGCUUUAAUUCCUGAUGAUGCAAUUACCAUUGAAAUAUCUCCACAUGGUAUUCUUCAGACAGUUUUACGUACGUCUCUUCAUUCGAGUGUAAUUAACAUGUCACUUGCUCAACGAGGUCAAGAUAAUAUUCAAGUAUUUCUUGAUUGUAUUGGAAAACUAUAUUGUGCUGGUAUACAAUCAAAAAUAUCAAAUUUAUAUCCAAGUGUUUCUUUACCAGUAUCAAGAGGUACACCAAUGUUAUCACCAUUAAUAAAAUGGCAACACGCUGAUGAUCAUUUUGUUGUUUCAUUUGACAAUGAAAAAAGUAUCAUGUCACAAGAACGAACAAUUGAAGUUUCUUUGAAAGAUCAAGAGUUUAAAUAUAUGACUGGACAUGUUGUUGAUGGUAUUAAUUCCAUGCCUACAACUUUUUAUUUUGUUUUUAUUUGGCAAACUUUGUGUAUGAUGCAAGGAAAAUCAUUUUUUGAUACGUCUAUUGUAUUUAAAGAUAUUAAAUUUUUAAAAACAAUUAUAUUGCCUGAAAGUAGACCUAUAAAAAUUACAAUUUUCAUCGACAAAGAUAGUGGAAAAUUUAAAAUUAUUAAAGAAGAAGAUGAAAUAGUUGCUACUGGUAAAGUUUACUCUACCACCAUUGUUUCAUCAAACAAUAAAAUUGUUACUUUAAAUGAUAAAAAAUUUGAUACUUUAACAAGGGAAGAAAUUAAUAAAGAAUUACGAUUAAGGGGUUACAACUUGAGUGGCCUUUAUCAGGGACUUGAAAAUUAUUCGUUUGAAAACUUGUGUGGUACAAUUGAAUGGGUCAAUAAUUGGGAUACAUUUUUGGCAAACAUGAUACAAGUUAAACUAUUAAGUCUUGAAACAAGAAAUUUAUUUGUUCCAAUUUCAAUUAAAAAGUUGACUAUUGAUACCAAGAUGCAUUUAGAUCAAAUAAAUUCAAUGCCAAAUGAUGACAAAAAAGAAUUUCAAGUAUUUUAUGAUGAUAUCUUAGACAUUAUAGUGUCUGGAGGUAUUGAAAUUAAAGGUAUCAAAUUAAAUUCAAUUGCAAGAAAAAGAAUAACAUGUAAACCAAUUAUUCAAAGUUAUAAGUUUGUUUGUCAUCAAGAUGACAAAGAUGAGCUUAAUCUUGAGGAUGCAAUUAGAAUGUCAGUACAAUUGUCAGUAGAAAAUUAUUCAACAAUGAAAUGUAAAAUAUUAGAACUCGUACAAACAAAUGAUGAUAUUGAAAAUUUAUUGACUCCAAUUAUUUGGAAAGCUAUUAGCGAAAUUCCAACAAUUGAAGUUGAAUUUGUGACUGUAUCCAAGAUGAAUCCUUAUGACAAUAAUAAUACUUCUGCGAUUCCAGUUACGGUUAUUGAACCAAAUCAAUUUUCAUUGAAAACAAAUGCACUGAUAUCAGCUGGACAAAAUAUUUUAUCAUCAAUGAUAGAUUUUACAGUUUCACAAUUUAUUUUAUCAAUUGAAGAUAAUAAUUUUUUACUUACAAUUGAAAAAACAAUUAAUUUACAAAAACCAGAGCUACUAAAAGAGUCUCUUGAAAAACAUUGUCUCAAGAUAAUUAUCAAAAAAACAAUUGGAAAUUUGACAAUUUUAUUAUUGAGAAAAUGCAUAGAGAGUGAAAAAAAUUAUUCAAUAAUUCAUGUUAAUAAUGAUAAUACAUAUUUAUGGAUUGAAAAAUUACAAAAUGCCCUAAAAUUGAGUACUAUAAAUUCAAGAAUUUUAUUAAUUACUGACAAACAGUUUGAAAAUGGUUUAUCUGGAUUGAUGAGAUGCCUUCAAAGUGAAUCAGGAACUCAUGCUAUACGUGGAUUUAUUUUACAAGAUGAUAAUGCACCUGAUUUUAAUAUUGAUAAUCCAUUUUAUCAAGAACAAUUGAGUUUGGAUUUAUUUUUAAAUGUAUUACGCAUUGAUUCAAAUUCAACUUUACCUGUAUGGGGCACAUAUCGUUAUUUUAUGUUGCCUGAUACACAAAAAUCGUAUGAUCAAUAUGAUCAUGCAUAUGUUAGACAAUUAAUAAAAGGUGACAUGAAUAGCUUCGAAUGGCAUCAAGGACCAAAAACAUUAAAUUCAUUAACAUCACCAUCAAGCAUGAUUAAAGUUAUUUUUAGCUCAAUUAAUGAACGUGAUGUGAUGCUGGCAAAUGGAAAACUUAAACCAGAAUCAAUUACAAGCUCAAGACUUGAUGAAGAUUAUAUAUUUGGAUGUGAAUAUAGUGGUAUUGAUUUAAUGAAAAAUAAACGUAUAAUGGGACUUGUUAAAACAAAUGCAUUAACAAAUUUAAUUGAAAGUAAUAAUUCAAUAUUAACUUGGAAUAUUCCUGAUAAUUGGUCAUUACAAGAUGCAGCAACAGUUCCAUUUGCUUAUGUGACAUCAUAUCUUGCUUUAUAUAUUUAUGGUAAAAUAAAAAAAGGUGAUAAAGUAUUAAUUCAUCAAGCAACUAAUGUUAUUAGUCAGGCAGCAAUAACAUUGGCUCUCAAUGAAGGAUGUGAAGUAUUUGUAACUGUAAAAUCAUCAGAAAUGAAAAACUUUAUUAUCAAUAAAUUUCCACAAAUAAAAGAAGAUCAUAUUGGAAAUUUAAUUGAUAUGAAUUUUCAAAAUACGAUUAUUGAAAUAACCAAAGGACAAGGUGUAAAUGUUGUUUUAAAUUUUGUUUCUGAUAAUAAUCAUAAAAAUAUCUCAAUCGAAUGUUUAAAAGAAGGAGGUAAAUUUUUGGAACUCAAAGACGUUGAUAAUGAAAUAAAUAAUACUAUUGAGUUUGAUUUAUUAAAAAGUAUACACUUUCAAGUUAUUUCAUUGAUUGAUGUACUCAAAACAAAUAAUAAUGAUGAUGAAAUAUUAUUAAAAUUGAGAGAUUUAUUACAAAAUGGUGUUAAUGAAGGAAUUGUCAAACCAUUGAGUAGUAUAUUAUUUAACAGAGAUCAAUUGAAGUUCGCAUUUAAACAUUUGAUGAAUAAUAAUGAAGUUACUGAAAAGGUUGUUAUUCAAAUUCAAGAUGAAAAUAAUGAUGAAUCAAACAGCAAGCAACUGAUAUCUUUACCAGUAAUUCCACGUUUUUACUGUAAUCCAAAUUACAGUUAUAUUAUUUAUGGUGGACUUGGUGGUUUUGGUCUUGAGCUUGCAGAUUGGUUAUUCAUUCGUGGAGCAAAAUAUUUGAUACUAACUUCACGAAGUGGUAUCAAAAAUGGAUAUCAACAAAUGAAAAUUAAUUAUUGGAAAAAAAAUGGUGUAAAAGUUGAAAUAAUUUCAGGAAAGUUGGCUCACAUUGAAGCAGAUUGUGUUGAUAUUUUAACAAUUUCUUUAAACAUUGCACCAGUUGGUGGAAUUUUUAAUCUUGCUGUAGAACUUGAUGACAAGCUUUUUUGUGAUCACACAGCUGAAACUUUUGAUUAUUCUUUUAAAUCAAAAGCUUGGAGUACUAAAAAUUUUGAUAAAUUAUCAAGAAAAAUGUGUCAAAAUCUUGAAAAUUUUGUUGUUUUUUCCUCAAUAACAUCCAGUUAUGGUCGUCAAGGAAUGACAAGUUAUGGAAUGACAAAUUCUAUCAUGGAAAAAAUUUGCGAAAAACGAAUUACCGAUGGAUUACCAGCAUUGUCAAUACAAUGGGGAGCUAUUGAUAAUGUUGGUAUACUUGGAAAUAUACAAAAAAAUAAUGAUAACUUUAUAUUUGCUGGUACUUUGAGACAAAAAAUUUCAUCAUGUAUAGAUGCACUUGAUAAAUUUUUAAUGCAAUCACAACCAGUUGUAUUGAGUAUGAUAAUUCCGGAAAAACGAAGCAAAAAAUCAGAUAUUAUAUCAAAUAUAGUUGAUGCUGUUAUGAAAAUAAUUGGUCUUAAAGAUCUAAAAAUGAUUAAUAAACAUGUGCCACUUAGUCAGCUUGGAAUGGACUCAAUUUUGGUAUUUGAAAUUCAAAAAACUCUUGAACAAGAGUUUAAUAUUAUUCUUAAUACCCGUGAUAUUUGGACUCUCAAUUUUGAAAAAUUGGAAAAUAUGCAAAAGCUCCAAGAUGAUCAGAAGAAAAUGACACUCGAAUGA